GUUACUUAGUGCUCAUCAUGGUUAUAUUUCACACUAUGUGCUGACUGUAUCUACAGAAGAUAUUUAAAAAAAAAAACAAACUUUUUUCAAAGAUUUUGAUUCCAGUGGAAUCUUUGCUUUAGAUUAUUUUGUGUGUGUGUGUUAGUGAAUUGUAACUCCAGUAACAAUGCCUGUACAAGCUCCACAAUGGACGGAUUUCCUCUCCUGCCCGAUUUGCACUCAGACUUUCGAUGAAACAAUUCGAAAGCCCAUCAGUUUGGGUUGUGGCCAUACUGUCUGCAAGAUGUGCCUGAAUAAACUCCACCGCAAGGCUUGCCCAUUUGACCAGACCACUAUCAAUACAGACAUUGAGCUCCUCCCCGUGAACUCAGCAUUGCUGCAGCUAGUGGGUGCUCAGGUCCCUGAGCAGCAGCCCAUUACCUUGUGUAGUGGAGUUGAAGAUACAAAGCAUUAUGAGGAAGCCAAGAAAUGUGUCGAAGAAUUAGCAUUGUACCUGAAACCACUCAGCAGUGCUCGAGGAGUGGGUCUGAAUAGCACUACUCAGAGUGUUCUCAGUCGCCCAAUGCAGAGGAAGCUGGUGACUCUGGUCCACUGCCAGCUAGUGGAAGAAGAAGGCAGGAUUCGUGCUAUGAGAGCAGCUCGAUCUUUAGGUGAACGAACAGUUACGGAACUCAUUCUUCAGCACCAGAAUCCUCAGCAACUCUCCUCUAAUCUUUGGGCAGCAGUCAGGGCUAGGGGUUGCCAGUUCCUUGGACCAGCAAUGCAGGAGGAAGCCCUAAAGCUGGUUCUCCUGGCCUUGGAAGAUGGUUCUGCUUUGUCAAGGAAAGUAUUGGUUCUCUUUGUGGUGCAAAGGUUGGAGCCGCGGUUUCCUCAGGCCUCUAAAACUAGCAUUGGGCAUGUUGUCCAGCUCCUUUAUAGAGCUUCCUGCUUCAAGGUCACCAAACGUGAUGAGGAUUCUUCUUUGAUGCAGCUAAAAGAAGAAUUUAGAACCUACGAAGCUCUGCGGCGAGAACAUGACUCCCAGAUAGUGCAGAUUGCUAUGGAAGCAGGCUUACGAAUUGCACCAGACCAAUGGUCCUCUUUGCUUUAUGGAGACCAGUCUCACAAGUCUCAUAUGCAGUCAAUUAUUGACAAGUUGCAGACCCCAGCCUCUUUUGCACAAAGUGUUCAGGAACUAACAAUUGCUCUCCAGCGAACUGGAGAUCCAGCAAAUUUGAACCGACUAAGACCCCAUUUGGAGCUAUUGGCAAACAUUGACCCUAGUCCAGACGCUCCUCCUCCUACUUGGGAGCAGCUAGAAAACGGGCUGGUUGCUGUGCGGACCGUGGUACAUGGGCUAGUAGACUAUAUCCAGAACCAUAGCAAAAAGGGAGCAGAUCAACAGCAGCCUCCACAGCAUAGCAAAUAUAAAACAUACAUGUGUCGAGAUAUGAAGCAGAGAGGAGGAUGCCCUCGUGGGGCCAGCUGUACGUUUGCACACUCACAGGAGGAAUUGGAGAAGUUUCGUAAAAUGAACAAACGCCUAGUUCCCAGAAGACCCCUGAGUGCCUCUUUGGGUCAACUUAAUGAGGUGGGCCUGCCUUCAGCAGCUGUCCUUCCAGAUGAAGGUGCAGUGGAUCUGCCUAGCAGAAAAACCCCUGCUCUGCCAAAUGGAAUUGUGUCAGCAGGGAAUACAGUAACACAGCUGAUUCCACGAGGGACAGACGCCACCUACGAUUCUAGUCUGAAACCGGGAAAGAUAGAUCAUCUGAGCAGUAGUGCCCCUGGAUCUCCUCCUGACUUGCUAGAAUCUGUCCCUAAGAGUAUUUCUGCCUUACCUGUGAAUCCACAUCCUGUACCUCCAAGGGGGCCGACAGACUUGCCUCCUAUGCCAGUCACCAAACCACUGCAGAUGGUACCACGAGGCUCUCAGUUAUAUCCAGCACAACAGACAGAUGUUUACUAUCAGGAUCCUCGAGGAGCUGCUCCACCAUUUGAACCAGCACCUUAUCAGCAGGGUAUGUACUAUACUACACCACCACAGUGUGUAUCUCGUUUUGUCAGACCUCCACCAUCUGCUCCUGAACCUGGUCCUCCCUACUUGGAUCAUUAUCCACCAUAUCUCCAAGAUCGUGUAGUAAACUCUCAGUAUGGCACACAGCCACAACAGUACCCACCUAUGUACCCACCACACUAUGAUGGCCGCCGAGUAUACCCUGCUCAGUCUUAUGCAAGAGAGGAGAUUUUUCGAGAAAGCCCUAUACCCAUUGAGAUUCCACCUGCAGCAGUACCAUCCUAUGUACCAGAAUCCAGAGAAAGAUACCAGCAGAUGGAGGGUUACUAUCCCGUGGCUCCUCAUCCAACUCAAAUCAGACCUUCGUACAUGAGAGACCCUCCUUAUAGCCGGCUUCCUCCUCCUGCUCAGCCCCAUCCUAGUCUGGAUGAGCUACAUCGCAGACGAAAGGAAAUAAUGGCCCAGCUAGAGGAAAGGAAGGUUAUCUCUCCACCUCCUUUUGCACCUUCCCCAACAUUGCCUCCUACCUUUCAUCAAGAGGAAUUUUUGGAUGAAGACUUGAAGGUAGCUGGGAAAUACAAAGGAAAUGAUUAUAGCCAAUAUUCUCCUUGGUCAUGUGACACCAUCGGCUCCUACAUUGGAACCAAAGAUGCAAAACCCAAAGAUGUGGUGGCAGUGGGGAGUGCGGAAAUGAUGAAUGUGGAGAGUAAAGGAAUGAGAGAUCAGCGACUGGAUCUUCAGAGACGAGCAGCAGAAACCAGUGAUGAUGACCUUAUCCCAUUCGGAGACCGACCAACCGUAUCUCGGUUUGGUGCCAUCUCUCGAACCUCCAAAACAAUAUAUCAGGGUGCUGGUCCCAUGCAGGCUCUGGCACCUCAGGGAGCUCCCACAAAACCUAUUAAUAUUUCAGAUUACAGUCCAUAUGGAACCCAUGGUGGCUGGGGAGGUUCUCCAUAUUCACCUCAUCAAAACAUACCUUCUCAGGGACACUUCAGUGAGAGGGAGAGAAUGUCCAUGUCAGAAGUGGCCAGUCAUGGAAAACCCCUUCCAUCUGCUGAGAGGGAACAGCUACGACUAGAAUUGCAACAACUAAACCAUCAAAUCAGCCAACAGACUCAGCUACGUGGACUAGAGGCUGUUAGUAACAGGCUGGUGUUACAGAGGGAGGUGAACACCCUGGCAGGCCAGUCACAGCCCCCGCCACCACCUCCAAAAUGGCCUGGAAUGAUUUCAAGUGAGCAGUUGAGCUUGGAACUGCACCAGGUGGAAAGGGAAAUCGGGAAGAGAACCCGGGAACUGAGUUUGGAGAACCAAUGUUCUCUGGACAUGAAAAGCAAAUUGAAUACAAGUAAGCAAGCUGAAAAUGGACAACCAGAACCACAAAAUAAGGUUUCCGCUGAGGACCUUACAUUGACAUUCAGUGAUGUACCAAAUGGCUCAGCUUUGACACAAGAGAAUAUCAGCCUUCUGUCAAACAAGACCAGCUCUCUGAACCUGUCAGAGGACCCUGAGGGAGGAGGUGACAACAAUGACUCCCAGAGAGCGGGAGUCACACCCACUUCUGCUCCCUAAAUUAUGAAGAGUCCAGCUUUUAUCUUUUGCUCCUCAUCAAUUUGUGGGGCAUAGGGGUAGGAGAACAAUAACUUCUAAACUUUUUCUCUGAGAGUGGUCAGAGAAAUCCAGGAAAAGUACCGGAGGCAAUGUGCACAAACACCACUACUAAAAACAAACCCUGCACAUAGUUCACAUUAAUGCAUUUUUUAAUUUAAAAAAAAAGAAAAAGAAAAAGAAAAUUAGCAGUAUCUGCAAGCAAUUCAGAUUAAAUUUGUUUUUGUUCUGUGAAUGAACUUUAUUUUAAUAACUUUGGACGCCUUGGAUCCAGGGCUUUAAAAAAAAAAAGAAGAUAUUAUAUAUACACUCUGUUUGAUUAAUUGUAUGAUCUUAAUGAAGUAGGUUUUUCUUGUAUUUUGGUAUUAUUACAUACCCAGUGUAUAAUUCCUUACCCCCAAUCCUUUCCAACUUUCACAACCCCAUAAAUUAAAACGCACGUAAAGCACCAGACUGAGAAUUGAUGGUGCUUGAAAAACAAAGAGACAGUAGUAGACUAGUUAUUAGAAAAUGUGCAGCAAACCAACUUUUCCAAGAGCUAUUACUUGAAAGCCAUAAUUUUUUUUCCCCUUUCUGGUUACUGGCUUCAUGUGUAUGUUUUUCAUUUGGCACUAAAACUUUUGUUGUUCAGAAGGGUUUUGUUUCUUGUUUUUGUUUUUAUUUCAGCUUUUUCGGAGAAAUAAUUACCAAUUAAUUUUUUGAAGUCCUCAUUUCCAUAUAUGGAUCCAUUUCAUUCUCUUAAUGUAAUCAGAAAGCCAGGCCAAUAUUGUAGGCUGUUUGAUUAGAUUUACAUGGAGAUUAUUUUAAGAAUGAACUGUAAUUUAUUAGUACUGAAAAUAUACGGUUGGUAUAUUACCUGUACUGAACUGAUGGUUGGAGAUUUGGAGCUGUGCUUUUUCAAAUUAAACUUUUGCUAAAAUCAUAAAAUGUUAAAAAAACAAAACAGGAAAAUCAACCAUGUUUUAAAACUGCAGCACUUGACUUGAACUGAAAAUGAACAGUCACGUUAUUUCAGUGGAUGUUUUUGUUUUGUUUUACUGUCAAAACCCAAAAGUAUAAAAUAAAAUGGAAGCCUCUGGCUUUUAGUAGAUUUGGCAAAUACAGACUGCCCAGAUCUUAAGGAUAGUUCUUGAAUCAACUAGUUCAGAAUCAGUGGCACCAGUAGGUAGAAAGUACCUAAACGUUUGUCAGUUUUCAUAGACUCGACUUUACAAGAGUAAAGAGAUUCUUCAUGAAAAUGUUGAAAAGAAUAAGGAAGAAUCUUUUUAAUUUAGUUCUGCUGCACAUCUUCUGAUGCCAUGUGUCUAUACUGAACUAAGACCUUAUAAAACAUGUUUAGUGGGGAUUAUUUGAUAUUGUCACCCUCCCUAUCCCUCUGUUUGCCUGAUUUUUAAAAAAAUUUCCCUUUCUGGAUUAUACUACUAAAACAGAAAGCACUGGUUAUGUAAUAAGUUACUGCAUUGCUUUGGUUGGGUAAAAGCAAGAGUUUGUAUUUUUCUUGUUUCUUAUUUUCUUAACCCUUAACUCCUGCUGAGGUCAUAACAACCUCAGUGUAAGCUCUGUGUCCAUCAUACUGUUAACGGAAACAAAUGAGGGGGGAGGGAAAUACAGUCCUGCCAUUGCCUACCAGUAGGAGAGUCCAAACAGAACACUCUUUUGAGUAGCGAUUAUUUAAUUUGCCCAGUCAAGGCACCGUGUUUAUAUACUAUUUCACAUUGAAUUUGAUUAUGCCCUACAGACCUGGCUGGUCAAGGAUUUGAUAUACACAUAUUGGCUUGGGAUUCGAGCUUUCUUUUUUAUUUAAAUAAAAAUUUAUAUAUAUUAUAUAUAUAUACAGAUAUACAUAGCUAUAUCUGUAUAUAUAUUGGGUAUGUUUUAAGGAUUUUUUCGCAUGAGCGCAGCUGUUGCGAUAAAAUGACUGAUUGGGAGGUAGAAGCACUGAAUGAAGAUGAGGCAUUUUUUCAGUUGGUAUCAGAUUUUCUUUUUUUAAAAAUACACACUUGCUUUUUUUGCUUUUUUUGUGUUCUUUUUUUGCUUAAAACCCUCUUACAUGUAAGUGCUUAUUGUUUUUUGGGAGAAGGAGAGAAACUUUGUACAUCUGACAGAGUCCCAAGAUUUUUAAUUUCUUUGUACAACUAUAAAAGGCAACAUUCUUGGCCUCCAACCUCUGUAGGCAGAUUUGGGCAGAUCUUAUUUCUCCUUUGGACAUCUUAGAAAAUUCCUAAAUUUUAGAAGCAGUUGGUUCAAUUUGGAACUCAGAAUGAUUCUGGUAUUGGAAGGGAAUUUAUGGGUAUUGAUUUUGUUGAAGUUCAGAAUAAAAAGUAAAAUUCUAUUUUGGAUAUCCAUUGAAACAUCUGAUAAGUCAUCUUCUGUUAUUGUUUUUACAUCCUCCAAAUAAACUCCUUGCUUUCACCAUUUUGAUUUUAUAAGCUAGGCAGAAGUAGAUGUUAACUUAUAUAGUACUCCUAUUCUGAAUAAAACCAGAAAAGCCACUGUUUUGAAUUGACUUAAAAUAGUGUCUUUCACUUUUUAAGGUAAUUUCAUUGGGGACGGGGGUGGGGGGCAGAUCUCUUAAAUUGUAGCCUUAUUCUGGCUGUACCUCAGUGAGGCCCCACACACUCUAGAGGACAUCUGGUUGGAUAGAAAGGCAGAAGAAUGAUAUCCUAUCCCAUUGUGCCUAUAACUUACCUAUUUUAAAUUGGCAUUCUACCUUACCUCAUGGAAAUUCUAUGAACUUUCCUAGUACUCACAAGCAGUUUUAGGAAUUAAAUAAAACUUCCAAAGUUUGGAUUUUUUUUUUUUUUUCCUUUCCUCUGUGUUACACUUUGUGAAAUGAUGGGCCUAUAGGUAAGUGGCCUUUGGGGCAAAACGGCUUGACUUUUUUUUUUUUUUUUUUUUUAACUGCUUGACUCUUCAACUGCUUUUUUGCUUUUGUGUGUGUGUGUGUGUGUGUGUGUGUGUGUGUGUGUGUGUGUGUGAAAACCUGUGAAAGGCAUUUUUUUUUUGUUUUUCUGUUUUUUGCUUUUAAAAUGUAUGCCUUUAGAGACAGUUAAGAGAUUAAAUCAGUCAGAUAGGAAAUACAGUUUUUAUGCUUUCUACUUAGUAAAUAAAAUAUUAAUUUCUUCUGGAGAUGAGUAUUUGCUUUUCACUGAAUUCAGAAGCAAGACUGUUGUCACAGAUGAACAUGAGCAAUUCUUAGAGGGUUAAGUUAGGAGUAUAAUAAGCAUUGUGUUCACUCUUGUUUUUAGAUAACAAAACCAGAAUCUCAUUAUAGCUAGGAAUAUAAAAGUGUUUUGACUUAUUUUUUUUCCAAGGUAUCUCUGGAAAAGAGUAGAAGAACUGAGAGUAUCUACACACAGUUUCCUAACUUAUUAUAUGUAGUUCUUUUGCCUUAUAGAUAUUGCCACAAGAUAAGUCCAAUAGCUGCCCUGUUUUGGGUAAUUUACAGAAGCUAAAGUGACCAAAGAUCCAUUCCUUAUUACUUUUAUAGUCAAAAGAACAGUUAGUUAUAGCAUAGGUUUCUAGUAAUAAUACUCACAUGAUAAGACACUAUUUCUAAUGCCAGCUACAAAUGCAAAUACUCAGAAUGUAUAAAAAAUUAUUUGGGCAUUAAUGUGGCUGAUUCUCUUCUCUCAUCUUAUUUCCCUUCCCUUCUCCUAGACUUUACUGUAUAUUUAUUCUUUUGCCUAAAAGACAUAAAAUUCAUCUGAUUCUCAUUUGCUACCAUGAAUAUGUAACUCCAUCAGACUUUCCGUAGGUCUUCAGGGUUGGAGCUCAAAGUUGUUUUUUUUUUUUUUCCCCUGGCCCUUUUCUCUCUUGCAAAUUCCCCUUGACUUACCCACUGCCCUCCCCAAUCUGUAACAGUGACAGUUUGCUGCCUCAAAACAGAGCAUUCAAAUGAAUUCGCUUAGCCAAUAACUUCUGUGAAGUUGCCUUUUCUAAUGGUGUUAUUACUCAGUGAUGCACAAAUGUGGUAUUUGCCCUACUGGUAGGCAAACAAAGGCCUGGUUAAGAAUGGUAACCUGCUGUUUUCUUUAAAGGAGAGCCAAAGACUUGUGCUUUACUCUGUUUUGGUUUUGGGGGAGAUAGCCAUUUUGAUUGUGAAACCUUUUAGUAUUUGUGAGUUGAUUGUAUUGUGUAAGCAGAUUUACCUAAAGUUAACUGUUAAAGGUAGCUGGCCUUAUAAAAUGUAAAAGUAAUGAAAAUUCACCAGUUUCUCUAAACCAGUGAAUGUUAUCUUUUACAAUACUGUAUGUAAGCAGUCCCCCCGUUUUUUGAGAUUAUCUUGUCAUGAUAGCAUCUUGUGUGUUUUGGUUUUUUCCUCGUGUCUGAAGGACAAUCUGUAUCACUAUGGUCAAGCUAUGAGACUGGUAAAAGAAUUCAUGAGCAUGUGACUGGUGAGAAAUAAACUAUAGUCACUGCAUGUGAGAUUGUAUUUAGAUUUGGAGAAAAACAGAUUCUUUUCACUAAAGUGUUUGAUUGCUUUUAAAUACAAAUGGUAAUGGGUGGAGGUCUUACCAUCUUUUUUCCACUUUGUUUUUGCUCAUUUCAAAGAAUUGAGUAAAGGUUUCGUAAUAUAAAAUCUACCUAUUCUGUAGGUACAGAAUGUACCUAUUCUGUAAUGAUACAUAUUUUAUUAAAAAGAAAGACCCAGUUACUUUUUAGGAGAAAUUAAUAAUCUGCCUGGAAUUUAACUGCAGCGUUUGCUUAGAUUUGUCCCCUAAAAGAGCCUGAUCGUGUUUAUUUUUUAGUUGGUGAUACCUGAUAAUAGUGUUGCAAGAUGAUCUCUUCCCUGAAAAAUCAGCCUGUCCUUUUAGAUAAAAAAUUAGAGCAACUAAACUAAAGCAGAUUUCACUUUCAACAUUAGGGAUUGAACAAGCAAGUAGUCUACUGCUGUCAUCAUUUUACCCAUUUUGCUGGUCCUCAUUCAUGCCCUUUCUACCUUGGACAGCUAUGACUUGUAUAUUUAUUUGUUGCUUCAGUUCAGCUUUAUGAAAUUUUCCUGCUGAAAGGACUUAUUGGGAGUUGUAGGUGGAUUGCAGUUAAUAUUUUAUUAAAUUCUUAAUUCAACUUUUCUGAGCCAUUUGCAAAGGAAAGCUGUAUUUGUCAAAAGGUACUAUUAAUUUUAGUAAAUACCAACUUAAGAUUUGGUUUUUCAGGUUUUAUUGCUUUGACUGUUAAAGAUAAGUUUUCAUAUAUAGCCAAUCCUAAUUGAUAAGUAAUAUUAGCUAUGAUGUUAAUAAAUAAUAGGACACUGCCACCACCAGGAAGAAGUAACACCUUUUAAUAAUAAAUGUGUUCCCAAUAGGUGGGUUUUCAAUACUGCACUGAACAAAGUGGGUAGAGCCCUUUGAAAUCCUAUUGUGAUAAAGGGACUUCACCUCACCACUGGAAUCCUUGUUUUCAGAGCCUCUGAAUUUUCAGCCAAACACUGAAUUUACUUUAAAUUUUAUUCCUGAACAAAACAUCCCUAGAGUAAUAACAUUUAUUUUCACAAGACUAUAAGGCACAGUAACUCAAGAGACAGAAGUUAAACCUCAAGAUAAUAUUGUGUCCAAAAAUGUGUAUUUAGGAAGUUAAAUCCUGUGGAGUUAGUAUAUUAUAUACUAGAUAAGGUGACUUAUUUUCUUGUACUGAGGUCUCUCUCUUUCUGCUUUUUGUUUUGUUUUGUUUUGUUGUUUUUCACUCUUAAAUAGACAGAGCUCACAAGUCUUUGGCAUCCAUUUUAGGUUGUACACUCAGAGUCAUCUUAUAACUGGAAACUGUCAGGCAGCCCUUACCCCCACCCCAGCCAGUGCAUAAAGGGGUCAAGAAAAGGAUGGAAAGAAACUAUUGGAUAACUGGUUGCUGAGUUGUUGUUGGGUUUUCAUUUGGGGGUAUGUGGGGAGGGGGGGGAAUUGCCUGUUUUUUUUUAAAAUCACCAUUUAUAGUGUAAUCACUGAUUGGCUGCCAUUCUUACAGUAAUAUCUAAAUAAUCCUAUAAAAUAUUCCUCUGAUUUAAAGGUAUUUUAAGCUUUUGUGUGUCAUUUUUACAUCCUCUGUUCAACGAAGGCACUGUCCUGAGAGCUGCUUUUUCCAGGUGUAUUGUUGCCCACAUUUUCAUUGCCAUCACCCCUCCCCACCCCGACCCCCUUCCUCCUUUCUCUUCUUACCUUCUGGAAAUGAAAGGAACUUGGGGGGAGGUUUUUUUUGUUUUUUGUUUGUUUUUUUCCAUUUUAUUCACUGAUCCAGAGGCCUUCUUGUCUUACUUUAUGACGAUACUAUGACUUUUUGGAAAAAGAGCAGUGGAAAAAGCGAAUUAAGAUGAUGAACAAAAUCUUUUACCCACUGAAACAUUUUCCAGUUGUGGGAUUCCUCUUUGUGUGUUGUCUCUUCCCUUGUUACCCUUGCUACCCUUUUCCCCUGACUAUGGUCAAUUUGGUCUUUAGGCUCAUACCAGUCUCCCCCGAGACAUUCUGCAGUCAUUAUCACCUUUUUGGGUGGAUUUUAUUUUGGUUUAUUUUGGUUUUUGGUUUUUUGUUUUUUUUUUAAAACUUUUUAACAUUGAUGCAUAUUUGCUUGGGAUAGAGCUUGUGUAAUUUACCAAUCGUAUUGAUUGUAUGUGAUUGUGCCCUGCAGAGGUAUAUUUAACAAGACAAAAAUAAUUUAGGUUAAUAAAGGAGCCCAUGAGAUUUGAGUCAGGUUAAAAAUGACUUCAUGAAAUCAUUUAGUUUUGGAUAGUGAGAAUUUAUAUCUCCUAUCCUUAUAAAUCAGUGCUAGACAAAAUACCAUUUUUAAAAAGUUCUCUUGCAUUCCUGUUUUUUUCCUUGCCUCAGCUCCCUGUUUUUUCUUGCCUGUCUCCACCCACCUGUUCAGAAAUAAAAAUAUUGAGUCUUAAAGUGACAGCUGAUUUUUAAAUUGGUAGUUUGUGAAAUUUUACUUUUUCCAAGUGUUUUCAACUUAAAAAAAAAAAGACAAAUGGGUUGGAAUUUCACAAGCUGUGAAUGAUUCUUUAGAUUUUGGCAAACUGUGAAAUCUGAUUUGAAGACUAUCUCUUGAAAGGUAUUUUGGAAUAGGAAAAAGAACCCUGUUUGAAAUGGACCAUAUUCUUCUCUUUUUAAUGUGUUUAUAUUUCCAAUUUUUAAGCAGCCUUCAAAACAAGUGAGGUGGAAAUAAAGAGUAAUAGGAAGAUGUUUAGGGCAGCAGAAUUCUGGGUAUGAAUAAGUACGUGUUAUAUUUGUCAGGUUUUCAAGAGGAUUAAGGCCAUCUUUUUCAAUUUUGUACUAUUUGUGUGCAUGUUGUUUAUAUCAAAGAUGCCACAUUUUGUUAAAAUGCUAUUUCCUUUCUUUAUUACCUUGGAAACUGACUCAGCCUCAUGUUGCUCCUAACUAGUGUUUAAAGCUCCCAUGAGUUGCAGAUAAAAGGGGUAUUUUAAUAAGUAGAAGGAGGUGAUUCACCUUUUGGUUUGUAAAUACAUGAAAGUGUCUACAAGGUCUUUAUCUGCUUUCUGUCAGCAUUUAUAUUAAAUGAUAAAUUAAUGAGAAA